AGCAAUGGCGACUUUCAGAAGUGAUUUCAACAGCGUGCCGAACACUUAUGGCUUCACUGUGCUAAAAAAUCAUUUGACCACGUGUUUUCAGAAGUUGCGCCAAAAAUUGAGCCAGAAAUUGCAACUGGAUCCUGCAACUACAGAGCGGCAUCAGCGGCAUCGACAGCUGUACCGCUUAUUGCUGAAUGCGGAGUACUCUAUUGUUGGCAAAAAGACAAAGUUUCAGAAACUGAAAGAAAUCUUUGUAACGCGCAAGUAUUCUGCCGGUCAUCAUCAGCAGAACACCGACGAUCAGUUGCAAAUUGUGGCCGGACUAUUAUCAUCCACCUUAAUAGAGAAUUCCAGUACCUACAGCAGCAGCUCCAUUAGGCGAGAAGAACUUUUCAUCUUUAACAGCAGGAUGACCAUCUCACAGAGCAGAUAUGAGACUGUGCGGGAUGAGUAUCCCGAAAUAGAUAAGGAAAUACGUGCCAUUUUAAUGGCCAAUGCCCAAAAUGGUAUUACGAUAUCAAACAUCAAAAAGGAAUAUCUCAAGCUAACGGGAAUUGAAUUUCCUUUCGUGGACAACGUCACGGACUUUCUGCUCACCAUACCGAUGGUCACAGCCGAGUGCAAUGAAAAUGGUACGCGCUUCUUCAACCUCAAGCCGAACAAUAAGAAUAAACACCUCCAUGAGAUGGUGUUGAACCAGCGGCAGCGCACAGAUUACAACCACAAUAACAGUGGCUCCGCCAGCGUGGUCUCUUUCCAACAAAUGAAGCAAAUACCACCCGCACCUCGUCUAUGGCGGGCCAACUACAAACGCCGGGCCCUAGAUAACAUCAAUAUGAAUCUGAACAUCAUAGACAAACCCAGUCAGCCGGUCAAGGCACAGUUGCAACAAUUGACGCCCAUUCCAACGGAUCCACCACCUGCUGUGCAUCCCAUAUCGCCCAUUGGUAUACCUGGGGGAACUGUGGAGCAUAACUGGUGCUAUCAGGACAACUGGAAUCAUCUAAAUAAUCGGUAUCAGCAGGCGCAAGUACCACAGAUCGAUGUGGAGAAUAUUUACUGUGACGCGUUGGAUCCGCUUGCAACCCAACACCCACUUAUAAAGCAGCAGAAAUACCGCAUUUCGCCGCUAUUGAAUGGUCUCAAACGAAAGCAUGACUUCACUCCAACCACAAUCUCUGCCAAUACGGAAGCGAGUGACUCUGUAUUGACAAUCAAGUCAGACUAUGAUGCUUACCUAUUGGACUUUCCCCUUUUGGGCGAUGACUUUUUCAUGUACUUAGCCCGCAUGGAGCUAAAGUGCAGAUUCAGAAAACAUGAAAAAGUUCUUCAAUCUGGCCUUUGCGUUUCUGGACAAACUAUAAAGGCUGCGAGACGUCGGCUACGUUCAGUACAGUUGAACGAAAACACGCAGAUUAUAGUUAACAUUGGCUCCGUGGACAUCAUGAAAGGCAAGCCUCUGGUACAAAUCGAACACGAUUUUCGCCAACUACUCAAUGAUAUGCACAAGCGAAGGUUUGUGGCUGUCUUAACCACACUGGCCCCAUUGGCCAACUAUUGCCACGACAAGGGAAUAUGUGAGAAAGUGUUGCGCUUCAAUAACUUCAUUCGGAACGAGGGUCGCUAUACGACGGUCAUUGAUAUCCACCAAUGUCUGGUUAACGAGAAGGGCAUUGUACGUUUCGAUUGCUAUCAAAAUGGUCCGCGCAGUGUAACCGGCUCCUCAGAACCAUAUGUGUUUUGGAACAAAAUCGGGCGGCAACGUGUGCUGCAGAUGAUUGAGGCAAAACUGGAGUAUUAGUGGUGUGGUCCGGAACCCGCCAAUAUAAAGGAAGCCAUUAUUUUACGAUUUAUCUGAUGACGGCACGCUGCUUUUAAACGAAAUUCGCUAUUUUAAAAUGUUUUAUGUAUAUAUAUAUGUAUCGUUCGUUUGAUUUCUGUUUAGUGUUUCUGUGUUUAGUACGAAUUGUGUGAUAGUUAUUUAUGUUUCUUAUUAUAGAAUUUAGUUGUUAAGUCCUUGUUCUUUUUCUUAAUGAUUAAUACCCUUGUGUUCAGCUACUCCAUUUCCAAAUUUUUGGCAAUGCUUUUUGCAUCUAUCCCAAAAACUUUGCUGAUAACUUGAUAUGGAUGUAUCUGAUUUCAAGUUAUGUUUAAUCAUUAAAUAUCUUUAUUACAAUUUACAUUGUCAUCUGCGCAGAUAACAAUGCUUGAACAUUGUUCUAAAUUAAAAUCCACUGUCAAUAUUUUCGAAUUGAAUUCAAAACAGCCUAUGCUCAUGUAUUAAAAAAC